UUCUAAAAAAUAUUAUAAAAAAUAAAAAUAAAACUAACCGUAAUCAAAUUUCCAAAAGAGCGGCGUAAAAGAAAUUUGUUCGCCUAGAAUAUGAACUUUCUAAGUCAGAGAAAAAAAAAGCAGCUCUCUGUUAACAGCUGUACUUUCAUUUGUUGACCUAUUGAUCAAGAAUCCCGGUGCUCAACUCAUUUUGAGAAAUCAGUCGUCUAGAUCUAAUGUAAAUGGAUUAAUGGACUCACAGAACACUGCCCUUGAACUUGAGGAAUUUGUGGAUGCAGUUGCCUAAGGGUUUCUGCUGUUUUUGAGCCCUUUUAGCAGAUAUUCUCAUCGCUUCGACCAGAUCAUUAACAUUUUCCUGCCCAUGGCCAAACAACGUUGCGUUGGUGUUCAGUCAGGCCAUUUGAUUGGGAACACCAUAAGAAGAUCUAGUACUAUUCAUGUAACUAGUUCAUUUCUUUGAUUCUUUCCACCCCGACCAUGGAGAAGCUGAGGAAAGUGGUGAACGAGAUAGCCUACACGCAAGACCACGCCAAGCUCUCUUCCCUGAACCGCUCGUUACUUCCUCUACUCACAGUCGCUUCCUUUCUCUACAGAGUCACACUCUCUCUCCGCCGGUAUCUCUAUCAUUUUGGCCUCUUCUCUAAGCAACGGUUGCCUGUGCCAGUGAUAAGUGUUGGCAAUUUAACGUGGGGAGGCAAUGGGAAGACGCCAAUGGUCGAGUUUAUUGCUCAAUGGCUAGCCGAUUCUGGAAUUUCACCUCUUAUUCUUACCAGGGGUUAUGCUGGAGGAGAUGAAGCUAGGAUGCUUACAAGGCAUCUUCUCGGGACAUCAUCAAAGAUUGGUAUUGGAGCUAAUCGAGCUGCCACUGCUACUUGUUUUCUCAAACAAUAUGGAUACUUAGAUCCUAAAAGUUUUUUAUUUGAGGGAAUGUGGGUAGAUCAGACAGUUAGAAGUCCACUUAACUUUGGGAAAAUUGGUGCCGUUGUUCUAGAUGAUGGAAUGCAGCACUGGAGCUUGGACCGGGACCUUGAGAUUGUAAUGGUUAAUGGGCUAUCACCAUGGGGAAACCAUCAAUUAAUUCCACUUGGACCUUUGAGGGAACCUAUGGCAGCCCUUAGAAGAGCAGAUGUUGCUGUAGUUCAUCAUGCGAACUUGGUUUCAAAACAAAGCCUCAAAGAUAUUGAGCUAAUGAUGAAAGAAGUUAAAGAAUCUCUUCCUGUUUUUUUCGCUAGAAUGUCUCCAUCACACUUCUUUGAAGUAGGAAAUAUCAACUUCAGAAUACCACUGGAUGUCAUACAGGAUGCCAUUGUGCUAUGUGUUUCAGCAAUUGGUUCAGCAAAUGCUUUUGUGCAAGGAAUUGAGAAGAUGGGAGCAUUUUAUGUUGAUCGAAUUGAUUUCACUGACCACCACUCGUUUCAAACCCAGGAUAUUGAGAUGAUCAUGAUCAAACUCAGAGACCUUGAGGGCAAGUUUGGUUUCAAGCCGGUAGUUAUUGUAACAGAGAAGGAUUAUGACAGAGAUCCAGAGAUUCUUAGUCAUUUGAGUCCUUUCAAAGUUAUGGCACUUUGCUCAGAAUUACAAAUCAUUCCACAUAGACAACAGUCAAAGGAUGUUUUCACAGAGUUGUUGAAGGAGCUGCUGGAGAUGAAAUGGUCAGGUCCAAAGUGAAACUAGCUUUGAUUUACUAACUACAUAUGGUGCAAGUUUUUGACAUAUGCACCUGAAAACAACUGCCGCUCCACCAGCUAGAGCUUUGCCAAAUUUCCUGCCUUUUACAGGCAAAGAAGUGCAUCGAGAUAUUCAUUUAUGCAAUUGUUAAGGCCAUGACUUCAUUUGAUAGUGUUGCAACCUGAUGCUUUUGCUUCAAAUCAAAAGUGAAACCUUGUCAACACUCUUAUAAUAAGCUACAAAAGGAAUAAAUAAAGAUAAUCUAGACAGCUUGUUCCUCCUUUUAAAA